UCAGCAGACCUGUCCGUGCGUUUUCAGCUUGCGAGCUUUAGCGCGAGAGCAACGCGACGAGGGAUGGCGGCCACCGGCACCGCCGCGGCCAGGGGCAAGCUCCUCGUCCUGCUGCUGCUCGCACUCACGGCGCCCGCCGCGGCACUGGCCGGCUACAUCGAGGCUCUGGCAGCCAAUGCUGGAACUGGAUUUGCUGUUGCCGAGCCUCAAAUUGCGAUGUUUUGUGGGAAGUUAAACAUGCAUGUGAACAUUCAGACUGGGAAGUGGGAGCCUGAUCCAACAGGCACCAAGAGCUGCUUAGGAAGAAAAGAAGAAGUUCUUCAGUACUGUCAAGAGAUGUAUCCAGAGCUGCAGAUCACAAAUGUGAUGGAAGCAAACCAGCCGGUCAGUAUUGACAAUUGGUGCCGAAAGGACAAGAAGCCAUGCAAGACUCACAUUGUUAUACCAUUCAAGUGUCUGGUGGGUGAAUUUGUAAGUGACGUUCUGCUAGUUCCAGAAAAGUGCCAGUUUUUCCACAAAGAGCGACUGGAGGUAUGCGAGAACCAUCAGCACUGGCACUCCGUGGUCAAGGAGGCGUGUCUGACUCAGGGAAUGACCUUAUAUAGCUAUGGCAUGCUGCUUCCCUGUGGGGUGGACCAGUUCCACGGCACUGAAUAUGUGUGCUGCCCUCCAACAAAAGAAAAGGAGGAAGAGGAGGAGGAGGAAGAGGAAGAGGAGGAGGAAGACUAUGAAAUCUAUAAAAGUGAAUUUCCUACUGAAGCAGAUUUAGAAGACUUCACAGAAGCUGCUGUGGAAGAGGAGGAUGAGGAUGAGGAUGAUGAUGAGGAAGGAGAGGAAGUGGUGGAGGACCGGGAUUACUAUUAUGACAACUUUAAGGGAGAUGACUACAAUGAGGACACCCCAACUGAGCCCGGCAGUGAAGGCCCCAUUUCUGAAAAGGAGAUCACUCAUGACGUUAAAGCUGUCUGCUCCCAGGAGGCCAUGACGGGGCCCUGCCGGGCCGUGAUGCCUCGUUGGUACUUCGACCUCUCCAAGGGAAAGUGCGUGCGCUUUAUAUAUGGCGGCUGCGGCGGCAACAGGAACAAUUUUGAGUCUGAGGAUUAUUGUAUGGCUGUGUGUAAAGCGAUGAUUCCCCCAACUCCUCUGCCAACCAAUGAUGUGGAUGUGUAUUUCGAGACCUCUGCAGAUGAUAACGAGCAUGCUCGCUUCCAGAAGGCUAAGGAACAGCUGGAAAUUCGGCACCGCAAUCGAAUGGACAGGGUGAAGAAAGAAUGGGAGGAGGCAGAGCUUCAAGCCAAGAACCUUCCCAAAGCAGAGAGGCAGACUCUGAUUCAGCACUUCCAAGCCAUGGUUAAAGCUUUGGAGAAGGAAGCAGCGAGUGAGAAGCAGCAGCUGGUAGAAACGCACCUGGCGCGAGUGGAAGCCAUGCUGAAUGAUCGGCGGCGGAUGGCUCUGGAGAAUUACCUGGCUGCCCUGCAGUCCGACCCCCCGCGGCCAUAUCGCAUUCUCCACGCCUUGCGGCGAUAUGUCCGUGCUGAGAACAAAGAUCGGCUACACACCAUCCGUCAUUACCAGCAUGUGUUGGCUGUUGACCCAGAAAAGGCUGCCCAGAUGAAAUCACAGGUGAUGACCCAUCUCCAUGUUAUUGAAGAAAGGAGGAACCAGAGCCUCUCUCUUCUCUACAAAGUCCCUUACGUGGCCCAAGAAAUUCAAGAGGAAAUUGAUGAGCUCCUUCAGGAACAGCGAGCGCACAUGGACCAGUUCACUGCCUCCAUCUCAGAGAGCCCCGUGGACGUCCGGGUGAGCUCGGAGGAGAGCGAGGAGGUUCCACCAUUCUACCCUUUCCAUCCCUUCCCAGCCUUGCCUGAGAACGAAGACCCUCAGCCGGAGUUGUACCACCCAGUGAAGAAAGGCUCUGGAGUGGGAGAGAAGGACGGGGCACUGAUUGGUGCAGAAGAGAAAGUGAUUAACAGUAAGAAUAAAGUGGAGGAACAUAUGGUCAUCGAUGAGACUCUCGAUGUUAAGGAAAUGAUUUUCAAUGCUGAGAGGGUUGGAGGCCUGGAGGAAGAGCCGGAGUCCACGGGACCUCUGCGGGAGGACUUCAGUCUGAGCAGCAGUGCUCUCAUUGGGCUGCUGGUCAUUGCAGUGGCCAUUGCCACGGUCAUCGUCAUUAGCCUGGUGAUGCUACGAAAGAGACAGUAUGGCACCAUCAGCCACGGGAUUGUGGAGGUGGACCCCAUGCUGACCCCAGAAGAGCGUCACCUGAACAAGAUGCAAAAUCAUGGUUAUGAAAACCCAACCUACAAGUACCUGGAGCAGAUGCAGAUUUAAGUGACGGGAGGCAUGUCACCCCCUGGUCGGAUGGGGGUGCAGGUGAGCAGAAGAGGACCAGCAGCUGCUGCCAGUGGGGUCAGCUGAUACCCUGAUCCCCUGCGUCACUGAGACCAGGAAGUGUACUACUGUAGAACUGCAAUUCCAUUCUUUUAACGGAGUGACAAAUGUUAAUAUAACAAUAUAUGAUAUAUAAACCUUACGUGAAAUGAAAAGAUCUAUCUAUUGCAGAUAUUUGACUGAUGCAGUUUUCUUUUUAAAUUAAUCAGAAGCAACCCCACUUCUGUUGUAUCGUCUUACACCCGCACUCUAUAUAAAUGGAAACUGUUGAUUUUUGUUUGUAGACUGUAUAUGCAGACUGUUUGUUCCAGUUACAUUGUAUAAAUCCACCGUGCUAGGCUCUUUCACUGUCCCUGUUGUGACUGGGGAAAGAAAACAAAAAGAAGGCAGUGCCUGCUUUUCAGAAUGAACUGUCUGAAAGCCGCGUGUGGCAGGGACCUGUGACCGUCCCUGAAACAGACCAUUAUGGCUGCCCAGAGUGGGUUCAAGGACCAGCUGAACCGCCGUGGGGCCACAGAGGCUGAAGGCCACAGACAGCAGGGACCCACCACAGCUUUCCUUCCAAAUCCCGUUCUUCCACAGAAGCAAACACAAGUGUGUAUUCCACUGCCUGGAGCUUCUCACUCUCCCCUCCCCGCCCGUCUGUCCAAACGUGUGUUCUCUCACCUUUGGAUGUUUCCCACCAAGAGCACCUGCCCUGGCCCUCCACUGUCACUGGCCUCCCUGCUGUCCACUGGGAGCAGGGGGCGGACAGCUGGAGACGGUGUGGGGAGGCUGUGUGCCGUGGGAGGGGUGUGUUCCAGACGCUGCAGAAAGCCCCAGGGGUUUUUGUUUCCUUCACACGAGUCUUUGUGCAGCUUGUAUAGUUGAUGUUGAUGUUCACAACUCUUUUUAAUCUGAAGGUUCUGGUAACCCGUGGUGUAUUUUUUGGUUUCCCUGUGACUUUUUUUUCCUUUUGAUCCCAUCAUGUCUGUUCCCACUAUGCACAGAUUAAAUUUCACCUACAAACUCCCGAAUAUGAUCUGUGGAGAAUGUACAGUUUAAACACAUCAAUAAAGACUUUAACUGCCACUGA